AUGUUGCCCCAGAACCCUUGCGCUCCAGGCUCUCGCAUCAAUGGUGCUAUCAUUCGCCGCGUGCGAUCCAGUGGCCGAUCCACAUCAUACUACGAGAUCAAGGCCAAGGCAGUUGUCUUGGCCACCGGUGGUUUCCAGGGGUCGCCGAGCCUGACAGCCAAAUAUCUGGGCCAGGGCGGGGACAACAUUUUCGUGCGUUCGAACAGGGGCUCUGUGGGGGAUGGGUUUAAUCUAGCCAUCGGAGCAGGAGCAGGAACAAGUAGGGGCAUGAAUACCUACUACGGUCAUCUUAUGGCUGCUCCUCUCCGAGCAGAUGAAGUGGGGCCCAAGGACUAUCUUCCGCUAGCACAAUAUCAGAGUAGAUAUUGCUUGCUGCUCAAUCAGGGUGGGCGCCGUUUCGCGGAUGAGACAACUGGCGAUGAGAUAAUCAACCAAUAUCUUGCAAAGCAAGAGAAUCGACGUGGCUUCCUGCUGUUCAACGAGAAAACCCGCCUUCAACACUGUGUAUCUGCUUUAUUCCCGAAUGCAGGGAAUGUCGACCGCCCCCAAAAGGCUCGCGAGCAUGGAUGCAAUGUCGGAUCCGCGUCUACGCUUGCUGAACUCAUCGAGAUACUGACACAAUGGGGCGUGGACUGCGUGAACGCCAAGCGUACGAUUGAGGAAUACGAUAGAGUGGUUCGCCAAAGAGAAAAUGGACUAGCGCUUGACGUCCCCGUUGGCCGGGGCGGCUUGCCCCCAGCCUCUUUAGUGGAGGGCGAUGGUCCGUUUUACGCUAUGGAAGUGCAACCAUCGAUUACGUUCACCUAUGGAGGAAUAAACAUCGACAAGCAGGGCCACGCCCUCACUGCAGAUAAGACCAUAUUACCGGGAUUGCUUGUCGCUGGCGUCGAUGCUGGAGGUUUCAGCAAUUUGGGAUAUGCUGGCGGUCUUGCACUCGCUUUCGUCACUGGUAUUUGGGCAGCGAGGGAGGUGGCGCGAGAACUGGGACUCCCGCUACCGCGUCUUCCAGUGCCAGAUACAAGAGAUUCUAAGACUAAGCCGAGCAAGGGGCGUCUGUGA